GUCAAUGCUGGCCAGUUCCCGGCUAACCGCUUCACCAAGGGGAUGACCAGCUCGACCAGCGUGGCGAUUAGCUUUGAGCGCAAGCAGAUGGUGAUCCUGGGCACGGAGUACGCUGGCGAGAUGAAGAAGGGCGUGUUCACGGUGAUGCACUACCUGAUGCCCAAGGCCGGCGUCCUAUCCCUGCACUCCUCGUGCAAUGAGGGCCCGACGCGGCUGCUUAUCGGUGACGACGAGCAUGUGUGGACGGAGAACGGCGUGUUCAAUAUCGAGGGCGGGUGCUACGCUAAGACCAUCGAUCUGUCGGCCGAGAAGGAGCCCGAGAUCUUCAACGCGAUCCGCUUUGGCGCCGUGCUCGAGAAUGUCAUUUACGAUGAGCGCACGCGCGUCUUCAUCCCCAACGCCAAGCUGCCAUGCAUUGGUGGCAAGCCAAAGAACAUUGUGCUUUUGACUUGCGACGCCUUUGGUGUGCUGCCUCCGGUGGCUAAGCUGACCCCGGCGCAGGCCAUGUACCACUUCAUCUCGGGUUACACUGCCAAGAUUGCCGGUACUGAGGAGGGCGUCACUGAGCCUGAGGCCACUUUCUCUGCGUGCUUCGGCCAGCCCUUCCUUGUCUGGCACCCGGUCAAGUACGCGCAGAUGCUGGCGCAGAAGAUGCGGGAGAACAACGUCAACGUCUGGUUGGUCAACACCGGAUGGAACGGCGGCGCCUAUGGCGUGGGUAAGCGGAUUUCGCUCAAGUACUCACGCGCCAUCAUUGACUCGAUCCACUCGGGCGAGCUGCAGGGCGCGGAGUACACGAACUAUGGCGUUUUCAAUUUGCAGAUCCCCACGGCUGUCGAGGGCGUGCCGGAGAAGGUCUUGGACCCGAGGCGCGCCUGGGAGGGUACCGAGGAGGAGUUCGCCGCUACUAUUUCCAAGCUCGCCGGUCUGUUCCAGGCUAACUUCAAGGAGUACGCUGAUCAGGCCACUGCGAUAUCAUUGCCGCUGGUCCUCAGUUCUAAUUUCUAAUUUCAUUUUCCUUCCUUGUCUUUUUUUAUGUUGUCAUACCAAUUAUAAAUGUGUAUUUUUUCAUCUCUUAAUUAUUUUUCUUACAUCGGGCUGAAAAACGCGGUUGAUUUUGAUGAUGCUGCUGCUGCUCGGAAGGAUAUUGUACUCGCGUGAGUAGGGAAAUUUUCACCAUUACCGCUGGAAGCAGAAGCGGCAGCAGAAUUACUGUGUUCAUUGUCUGAUACUGUGUCGGAAAGACCACCAAACUAGGAUAGAAAAAUACAAUUUGAAAUCAAACACAAUCGCAAACACGGAUUUUCACUAUUUUGUUUAUUUUUGUAAUAUUGGUGAAGUGAAGGGGUAGUGGAUAUCUGAAUGUUACAAAAAAGGAUAAACAAACAAGAACUUACUCGGAACAAAUUGGUUAAAUUGAUCGCGGGCACAAUCGGACUUGGUACUUUCGGAUCCUGCAUAGUAGUAGUGGUGGUUGUUUGUGGUCC